GAGUAAGUUCCUGUGAAAACAUGUCGACACAGGAAACUGCACCACUUACUGUGACGUCUGUAUGUCCUGUGAAAGUGUUCCACGACAAGUGCUACCACCUAACAGAGAAGAAGGAGCAAAAAAAAAAAAAAAAAGAUAUGAAGAUGUGGUUACGCUUGAGUAAAUAUCGGAAGCAAUACUGGUUCGCGUAAAGAAAACGGAUUUCGCCACGGUCAGGCUGCACCAACAACCAGUCGCAACAUGCAAAUGGGAUAUGCUUUGUUUUUUGUCCUCUUUCCGAUUUUCUUGAAAGGGUGCUGUGUGAGAAAUCAUCAAAAGAAAAAAACAGGUCUUAAGCAGACUACUCUGCAUCAACACUACAGAGCAGUGGAAGGGGAGAUUUUUAUGAUGCCAUGCAUUAGCUCUGUGAAUGAGCACUGGGAACAAACCAGGACGAGAGAAGAUGGAGAGGAUGACAAGGGCUCAUCCUUUGGCUGUGGCAAAGCUUUUUUGGUUGAAGUGACACAUUCUGGGAAUUACACACGCCGCACAGGGUCUCCGUUGACCAUCCAUCUACAGGUGCUGGAGAAGAACAGCAUAGGAUGCUUUCAACCUGAGGAGAGCAGUGCUAUACUGGUCACGGGUGUUGGUGGAAAAAUCCUCUGCCCCGGCCACAACUGUAGCGACAACUCAAAUGUUGUCUGGUACAAGGGUAAAAAAGCAAUGUCUGAGUGCCGUAGAAAAUCCUGUGAAGAAGGCGGGCUGUUAAAACUCUGCCCCGUGAGCAACCAUGAUACUGAGGUAUUCUUCUGUGACAGACAGAUACGGGAACAAGGACUCAGUUGGAUAUUCAGGAGAGCUGUUAAUGUCACAGCCAUACCUGCACCAAAGAGUGAGCCUCCCAGCAUCAGGUGUCCUGAUGGCAACAUAACAGUUGAAGUGGAGCUUGGUCGGCCCCACACAUUGAUGUGUAAAGCAUAUUUUCCUUAUGAAAUAAAGUUUUCACCAAAGGUGUGGUGGCACAUAAACGAUGGCGGCAACAUGGAGAAUAUGACUCUGCUACACAUGAAGAAUGAAUAUAACAGAGUGAUACAUGAAGAGUAUGAGGUCGUUCGGAGAGCCAUCAUUGAAGAGGUGACGCCACAAUACUUGAACCACACGUAUACCUGCAGAGCCAGUAAUAGUUUUGGGAGCAGCAGCGUCACGGUCAAGCUCAAGAGGCGAAAUAAAGUAAAAUGGCCGUGUCUGGUUGGGUAUCCUGUUGCGUCUUUCCUACUGGUUGCUGGGCUGGGAAUCAUCUUGCAUGUGAAAUGGCUGGAAUUAAAGCUUAUCUACAGAUCUCACCUCUAUUAUGGAAAACCUCACCUACCAGUUGAGAAAGAGUUUGAUGUGUUUCUGUCCUAUGUGUGGAGCCCUUCAUCAGUGGAAGGUUUGUCACUUUCCUUCACAUCGGGACCUUGCAACGAUAAGGAAGGGGCACCAUGUCUAUCCAGCAUUAACCAUGACGAAGGCAAAGCUACCUGUAGAUCACUAGAAGUGCUUCUGCCCCACGUGUUGGAGAACCAGUGGGGGUAUCGCCUGUGUCUGCUGGAGAGGGACAUCCUACCCGGAGGAGCAUAUACAAAUGAUGUCGUGCUUGCCUUAAAGAGGAGUCGAAUGCUCAUCUGCGUCCUGUCAGCUGACUACCUCAGCAACAGUGACGCUGUCUUUGUACUGGAGUCAGGAAUCCAGGCAUUGCUCCAGAAACCUUCCCUAAAACUUUUGUUAAUAUGGACCAAUAGAGCUUCAGCAUCGCGCAUUCGGCCAGAGCCCCCACUGCCCACGCUUGUCCACAGGGCCUUGAAGGUGCUGCCCAGUCUGGAUUGGAGCACGAACCAACCUGCUGGAACCGCCCGCAAAUUCUGGAGAUCCUUAAAGAAGGCGAUGGUCAAACGCAGGGAGUGAGGCUGGUUUCUGUCACGCUGCACCAAGGGGCUAUGUUUUCAUAACUUUGUCAUGCAAUGCAAAUGUCAGUUGUGCUUAUUUUUUGACAGGAAGGGCAAGACCUGAAAGAACAUAUGUACAACGGAAAUUUCCAUGAUGGUUGGGAUAAACUUGAAUCAUCCUGCUCAGCUAUGAGCACUUGCAUGUAAAUUACGAAACGCAGCAAUGUACACGGUAAACUUCCUACAGUUUAAAACAUCUGAAAUAAAGAAUAUAACGGAAAAAAAAAACACGUGCAUGUGUGCACUGAAUGAAGAUGGAUGACUCAUAUAAACUUAAUCAGAUUUUAUAUGCAAGGUGAAGUUUAUCACAGAUUGUGUUACAACCAACAUUUCCACAAAACAACACACAUCAUCCAAUUUGAAUAACUCACUUUUAAAUGUGUAUUUAAGAGAAGACCAUUUCAUGAAAACAGAUACUAGUGAAUGUUAAUGUUAAUUCAUUCAUUUGGGGGUGUCUGUACAACAUUUAGCUAACCCACAAAGGAAAACAAAAUUCAUACUUCAGACCAAGGGAAAUUUCCUAAAAGAAUUUCAGGCGCAGGAAAAGUCACUGAGGUGUAGCGCAAAUGGAUAGACGCUGCAUUUGUGACGUUAGAAUGGAAAAUAAAAGCGUUAUCUUAUUAUUACUAAUCAUUAUUUUAACCACCAAAACAUUAUGACUGUUUCCAGCACCCGGGUAUCCAUGUCACGGGUUUCUGAUGUGGUGUACACAUUCCUGUCAGCUAAAAAUAUGCAUUUAACUGUGAACAUAAAAAUGAACGCAACCACAUGGCCGAUGCAUGUUUUCCAGAGAUGGUGACGUAACCAGGAAAACAGGGUUCAAAGAAGCCGAACACAAAGCAUGAAAAGUAAAGUAGGGUAAACGAAGACAGCCUCUGAUGUGGUACAGCUGGUGAAAACAAAAGGUUCUACAUUGAUGUUGAGAAACUUAACAAAAUCCAUUUAAAGUCUACUUUUCUCUGCAACAUGACGUAAGAGUCGAACUCUAAUCUGGGGAUUUAAAAA